AUGCGAGGUGCCACUAUUCUGAAGACAUCCGACGACAAGACCAGAGCCCUCAACAAGCACACCCUGCUCGCAUUCUCUGGAGAGGCCGGUGACACAGUGCAAUUCGCCGAAUACAUUGAACGAAAUGCCCAGCUCUACUCGAUGCGAAAUGAGUCCGACCUAUCUCCCUCUGGUCUCGCCCACUUUGUCCGUGGCGAGUUGGCCACAAGCCUGCGAUCUCGAAAGCCCUACAAUGUCAACCUCCUCAUGGGUGGUGUUGACCCCAUUACUGGCAAGCCAUCGCUCUACUGGCUCGACUACCUAGCGUCGCUUGCAGAUGUCCCCUACGCGGCGCAUGGAUACGCACAAUACUACUGUCUGUCUAUUCUUGACAAGCACCACCACCCCGAUAUCACCCUCCACCAGGGUAUUAAGCUUCUGACAAUGUGCACCGACGAACUCAAGCGCAGAUUACCGAUUGACUUCAAGGGCAUGGUUGUGAAGGCGGUCAAGGCAGAUGGAAUUAUCGAUAUAGAGUUCGACGACGACAAGGUGGUCAAGUGUGCGUAA